CAGAUCGAAUGGUGGUUGGGAAAUCUCACGAAUGUAUAUGUAUACGUGUAAACGUCAAAAGAGUCAAAAGUAUGUGAUCUAAGAGUAUAAAAAUGACAACACACGUCCGCGAAGUGAAUCUCUUGCGAAUUAUCGUUGCCUUGUUCCUGUGUACACUUCGUGUGCAGAUUUGUGCGACAAUCGAGGCCGAGAUCGAUCUCGACGUGGAAGGAAACGGAUUUCAUAGAACGUUGAUUUAUCGGAUACACUUCAAGAAUCUUACCCAGGAUAGCUGUCAAACUGCCAUUUACAUGGAAUUACCAUCGGCAUUGUAUGUCAAUACAGACGAAAUAGCGGAAAUGAGAAGAAGAGGAACGAAUACAGUAUGCUCCGUUGGCGAAACCGAUAUCGAGUUAUUCACAGAGAAGGCUGGUCAGCAGAACGUGACAACUUGCGCAUCCAUAAGUUCGUCAUCCUCCAGUUUAAUAAUUCCCAUUCACCAACGUUAUCGAUAUGCACACGAAACUGACGGUUAUGUUAAUGUGACUUUGCCUGAAGUGAAGUUGUUAUUAGGAUGUCGGAAGAGGAUCAGAGACCACAGGGUAUCUAAAAUUGACUUAUGCGAACCGUGUGUCGGACUAAUGGCCAAGUGGCGUGAGAUUCCGUAUCGUAUGUCGAACAAUCGCGACUACGUUUGGCAGAUACCAAUCGGUGACUCUUCUCUCUCGCUCUUUGUUACUUGUGCCACGUUAGUGACAACGAUUAUCGGCGCGAUAUUUAUCGGGCACGCCAUUCGGACCAAUGCAUUGCAAAGUCACCUGAAAGAAGACUGAGGUAAUGAAGAUGUAAAUAUAUAAGCAAUUUUGUAUGAUUAUCAAGUUUUUAUCAAUGAAUGUUUUAGAUAGAUUUGAUAUAUUGACUCUCUCUUCUUAUACAAGACAUAUUACACAGAUACCCAUCUUUCUAUUU